UUAGCAGUAUUUAACUUAACGUGCACCCUGUAUUCAGCUAAAACUUCGAUCGGAUUAAUAUUGUAUUCAAUUUCAAAGGGAAAAUCAAGAAAAACAAUCGUUUAAUGGCAAAUCCUUUGCAUUGUGACGUGCAAAAGAAACACGCUCCAGGCAGCAAUGUUUGUGUUUGGUUGUUUAUAAAUGCAAAUCCGUUGCGAUUGUAUCUGACAUGCAUAAGAAAUACGCUUGAGGCAGCAAUGUGUCUUCAGAAUUUCCCAUGCCAAGAAGUAGAGAGGCAUAACAAACCAGAGGUUGAAUUAAAGACAAGCCCAGAACUUCUUCUUAAUCCUAUUACGAUUUGUAGAAAUGAGGCUGAAAAGUGCUUGAUUGAAACAUCUAUUAAUUCCCUAAGAAUAAGUCUAAAGGUGAAACAGUCAGAUGAACUUGAAAAUAUACUAACAAAGAAGUUCCUUAGAUUUUUGUCUAUGAGAGCUGAAGCGUUUCAGGUGUUGAGGAGAAAGCCGGUUCAGGGCUACGACAUUAGUUUUCUCAUUACAAAUUAUCAUUGUGAAGACAUGCAGAAGCAGAAGCUUAUUGAUUUCAUAGUGCAAUUCAUGGAGGAUAUUGAUAAGGAAAUCAGUGAACUGAAACUAUCAGUGAAUACGCGAGGGAGGCUUGUCGCUACUGAGUUUCUGAAGCAAUUCAUCUGAUCUUUCGUUAUCGUUGUUUAUUCCGUGUUCUAUUCUUGUGACAACUAGAACAUAUAUUCAUUUUUUUGUUCUCUGCUUGUAGCUAAACAUUGCAGAAAUUUUCUGUUGUAUUGCAUCAAUGAGAUCUCUCUUUUUCUUCACUAUUUGAGGAGCUGGCUAUGACACAGUGAAUUCUCAUUUCUCAGUUUAAUAGACUUUGCAAAUGAGCUUUAUUA